CUCACUCCCCUCGGAGCCAGAUUCAGUAACUUUACAGAGCAAAGUCACGUUGUAACUUUCUUUGAAUCUCCAUCCUCCAGUUAGCAUCGGACGGCUACAAUACUUCUUGAGGCCCAGUUCCGUUCCCGCACGAAAGCGGCCGCGCGCCAGAGUCCGCAGGAGCGCCGUCGCCCGUCGCCAUCGCUAUCACGGACGGCCGCAGCUGCCACCAGAAGCCGCACCCACCGCCAGAGCCUGUAGGAGUGCCAUCGACCAUCACUGUCGUGGGCAGUGCGUGCAGCAUUGUGGAUGCCGCGGCCUCAACCGUGUCGCUGGCUCGCGGAAUGCGCGAUUGGAGCGAGGAUCGACGUGGGUAGGCUGGCGGAUUUCUUGCUCGCCAAUGUGGCCGACGACUCGAAGGCAGCGGUGCCCGGCCGAGUCAUCCGAGCACUCCUACAGGCUGCCAUUUUCUAGUCGCGAGUGCGCGGCGAGCGUCGAGUGAUGCGCCUGGCUGCAGCCCCGGCCAUGGUGCACGCCACGACGGAGCUCGGCCAGUGCUGCUACUGCUGGUGCAAGAGCUCGCCGGCAAGGGGACAACAAAUAACAUGGCCACCAGGUUCGUCGCGUAUGCAAGAGUCGCCAUGCCGAUACAUGCCAUCGACUUGGUUCUUGCCUGUUCCGGCCAGGCGACAUCCUCACCUUCAUGCUCUGUCGUCGCCAGGACGCAUCCACGUGCAUCCAGCAGGCAGCUUCCCAGGUUAAAAUGGCCAAGUUCAGAGAUUGCUUUUGCUUGAGAUCACUAGGUCCAUUAGAUUUUGAAUGGACGCACCAGAUGAACGGAAAGUUACAUCGUGACUUUAUAGAGUAAAGUCACUGAAUCCAGCUCCACUCCCCUCAGCCAAAGCUGUCAGCAGCCUGCAAGCACCGGCAGAGCUCUUCUCGGUGGCCAUGGCCAAGCCCCCGAUUCAGACCGCCGCGAUCCUCCUCCUCCUCCUCCUCGUCGUCGCGGCCGCGUCGUGGCUCCAGACUGCCGACGCCGCCUCAGGGUUCUGCUCGGGCAAGUGCAGCGUUCGGUGCGGCAGCGCGCGGGCGCGGGGCGCGUGCAUGAGGACCUGCGGCCUGUGCUGCGAGGAGUGCAACUGCGUGCCCACGGCCACGGCGCCCGCGCGCGGCGGCAACGAGUGCCCCUGCUACCGCGACAUGCUCACCGCCGGGCCCAGGAAGAGGCCCAAGUGCCCCUGAACAUGUCUACGGGACUGCGACUGCCUGCAACUGCAAUCAUCCACUGAUGAAGAUGAAUGAAGAGCUAGACGGAUCGGAUCGGAUCGGGCGUAUGUAUAUGUACAUGUACAGUAUGUACGUACCUGCUGAGCCAGGCCAGGCUACCUGUUAUAUAUUUGUGUACGUAUUUUUUUUAUGUAUGCAUAUAGCGUCCGGCCGUGUGAUCUAUAUGUAAUGUAAUCUGCUACCAGGUCACGUGAGAUCGAUGUACUGUUGUUAGUCUGUUAUUAGUAGUGACAAGCUGAGUGAGUUUAAGGUACUGAUGAAUCCUCAGUAGUAGUUGGCAGAAUGCAUGCAUGGACUGUUCCUCGGGACAGUAGUGUAGUAUGUACGCAUUCGAUCCGAGAGUGAUGGUGAGACUGCCUUUAUGUACUAAUUAAUUAAUUAAUGUACAUGAACUAAAAAUGUGUUAUAUAA